CCUGGUUAGUUAGCAGACGGCAAGUUUUCACAGCGUGGGAGAAUCUUUUUAAUCUUGUUCUGGCGGUGGUGAGGAAUUCUACAUAUAGGCUCCCCUGCUUUUGAGCCUUCUCCGAUCUCCAUCGUCACGUCACUGACUUCCAUCCCGCAAAGAUGAAGUGGCUUUCUCUCGCUCUUGCGCUCAUUGCGCCUUCCGAGGCGGCGCUUCGCUUUGGAUGCUCGACUCUGACCAUCCAGCGCCUCGAUCCCCUCGUCGAGCCUGACAAGAUCCCUUCCGCCCAUCUCCACCAGAUCGUGGGGGGUAAUGCCUUCAAUGCGACCAUGUCGGGGGACAUUGGCGAGCAGGCCACCUGCACAACCUGCACCUUCUCCGAGGACUUCUCUAACUACUGGACCGCCACCUUGUUCUUCAAGCACUCGAACGGCUCGUACAAGCGUGUACCAAUGCAGGAGAAUGCUGCUUUGCCUAACGGCAUCAACGGUGGAAUGACUGUCUAUUACACGCAGCAGGAUUUCAGCUCAAACGGCAAUGAGAAGAUCACAGCUUUCAAGCCAGGCUUCCGCAUGACAGUCGGCUCUGUAUCAACUGACAACCUCAACGAUGCCAAGGGACAUAUCGGCCUUCGCUUCGUCUGCCUAGAUACCACCGGGACGAGGUUCCCUGAGCUCCCCGACUUCCCCACGAAGCCCUGCAAGGCCGGUAUCAUGACUGUCCAUCACUUCCCCGCAUGCUGGGACGGCAAGAACCUCGACAGCCCCGACCACCAGUCUCACAUGUACAACACGGUGAAGGAGGCAUUCCAAGCCUCCGGUCCCUGCCCAGCCUCGCAUCCCGUCCGGAUGCCGCAGGUGGCAUAUGAGGCCUUGUGGCGAACGCAGGAUUUUGCCGACAUGUGGCCUGCGGAUGGCUCGAACCCGUUCGUGCUGAGCUUUGGCGACAACAACGGAUACGGCACCCACGCCGACUACAUCUUUGGCUGGAAGGGCGACACGCUCCAGCAGGCCAUGGACUCGUCCUGCAUGUUCAACGCCUGUGAAAAUGGCCGCCCCCUCAAGUCGCAGACCGCGGCCGAGAUGAACAAGUGCUCCGUCAAGAACUUCGUGAACGAGGAGCUCGAUGGAUGGCUCGAUCAACUGCCCGGUAAUGGUCAGGAAAUGGCCGGCAUGUCAAUGUAAAGUAGCUGUCUCAGGGGGCCAGCUAAGGGGUCCACGGAGUGGGGCCAGAGGAUUGGAGAAAGGAGGGGCAGAAAUUCUGUUUGUCACAUUACUGUUGCCGCUAUUGCUGUUACUGUUGAAAUACUGUCAUCGUCACCGUC